AUGGGGUACAUAUCUGUAUCGUCGCCCGGCUCCUUCUCCGUUGCCGCAGGUGCCUCCGGGGAGCUGCAUGGAUUUACCGUGCAGCUGUUGGAAAACAGCCGUGGGCGACUUCGUGCUCGUUCCAUCACCCUGGGCAAAGCAACGGUAGUGAUCCUGCGGGUUGGGGAGCUUGACGACAUGCUGCGCCUCAUGGAAGAGUCGCGGAGGGAAGGGGAAACGUCUACUGCCCCGUCACCGUUUUCAGCGCAGCAGCACUCUCAUGUUUACCGCUAUCCGUUGCAUGAACAGGAGAAUAACGUUUAUGAGGAGUCGUUGAAUGCGCUCUUUGUUGCUGUGGGAAGCGAUGUUGGCUACAGUGCGGUUACACUCCUGCGCAUUGCAGCGCUUGUGAGCGAGUUGUGUCUUUUCCUCAACAUUGAUCCUCACCGUGGCGGCCCGAAUGCUCCAGUGUUAAAACAGAUUCUUCUCUACAUGAAUUCCCGCCUCAUGCAACACGACGUCUCGCUACUGUGCCAGACAAUUGAACGGCUUGUGCGUCCUGCCAUCAUUGCGACGGGCUUUGCGAGCGAUGGCGCCAGCGGUCUGUUAGACGACUUGGCGCGUCAGUCUCUCCUGCAGGAUGCGACUGGCUGCCGGCUGCCAAACUACAUUGCUGUGCUGCUUGGCCACAAGCUUGUUCUGGAGACCUCGCCGCGGUGGAGUGAGGAGGCGGCGAAGGCAGGCGGUGUUGAGCAUGUGACGUUGCACGAUUCGGAUCGGUACUUGGCUUACCUUGUGACCUGCGCCUUUUUCUCCACGCCCCUGCUGCACAGCUGCUAUGAAGUCUCACCUCAGGAACAACGACUGCAAGCACUUGAGCAGCGACUGCGGCGGUUUGGCAUUCAUCGUCACAAUGUGAGCCGUCUCGCCGCGCGGAGGGCCAUCCAGACGUACACGCUGGCAUUAAAAAAAGGGGACGUUAAUGAAAGUCGCCGUGCGUUCUUUUUUGAAAAUGCCUACAACGAGUUACUGGCAACUAUGAAUCGACAGAAACCGACGUGUGGGACGAACAAAUCCCCCACCGCACGUUCCCCUUCUGUGGCCUUUAAUGAAUACCACCAGAUGGACAUGGACUUUAAUGCCGUAGAGGGUCGGACAUUUGAGCUGGAAAAUAUUUGUUUUCGUAACUCCGAUUUUGUUGGCUUCAUGCAGCUGCGAUGGAUUCCGGCGGCAGGACCACAGCAGCAGGAUAGCGGCGAUUCGGAGGACGAGAACCCCCUCAUGGAAAAGUGUCCCCAUGGCUACGGUGUGUUUCUGCUGUAUCUCCCGCCGCAGAGUGCACGUGAGCAGGAGUCUUGGCGUCGUUCUCCUACAACGGCAGAUAGGCCUGUCUUUGCGCAGUUCACACGAGAUGUCUUUGGUAGCAUGGAGACGAGCUUUAACUGCUUUCAGUGGCUACUCUCUCCACCGGUAGACGCGUUUGAAAUCCCUGGGCUGAUUCAUUUUGUUGUUGUCGAGCGCCGAAGAAAUGGGGGUGUUGUUGCCAGCUUUCAUCGCAUGAUGCACCAGAGGCCCGCAAAUGUACAGGACGCGGUGGUGACGCUACGGCGGCUUGUUGCGCUGAACAUCAGUCGCGCCCACUCAUUUUUACAGGCCGGGUACUCGGAGGGAUUGUGGGGUCACCUCGGGAUGCAGUUCUUUUAUUCCGUCUGCAACUUCCACGAUAGCCCAGGGAAGGUGGUCAACUCGCCGUUACAAACACCGCAGGCUCCGCGUCUCGUGAAGAGGAGGCCGUUUUUCUUUUUUGGCGGAGAAUCUUCUACGUCAACAUCAUCAUACGUGCCAACAACAGCCACCUCCACGGUAUCGUCGCAGCAGCCGGCAAUGUCAUCCGAUGACUCAACGGCGUCGGUAAAAGGCGCAGAUUCCCUUUGGGGCUCACUUGACGGACGAUGGAAGUUACCCGCGGCCACUUUACCUCACCUGGCGUUGCGACCGAUGUUAAUUCCGGACUUUACGUGUGACGAACCGGCGGGGGUUUGUGUUGUGGAGGUGUACGCUGUAUUUGUGGGUGCCAUGUCACCUGCUGAUGUAUGCAGGGAGGUUGAGAAACUGCUGCGCAGUCGUGUUGUGCCGUUGUGA